GUGACGUCAGGUUUCCGUUGGGCGGAAUCCAGGUUGACAUUUUACAAAAUAUAAAAUGUAUGAUUGUUUCCAAUUCCCUUGCGAUAUUUGGAUAUCAUUUUACAUUGGAGUCUUUCAACAUCAUCGCCUAUUUUAUUGGUGGAGGGCCAAGUGAACCAUUUUAUUUUCUUGGUAAACUUCUGGAAUCGUUGUUAGCCAGACAGCUCUAGAGGGGCACACUGUUACUGGCAAACACGACUGAUACAGUAGGGAGUAUACAGUACUCCAGCAAUUCAGAUGGAUAUGCUCUGAUCAAGUUUUUACCUCCCAGUUCUUCGUGGUGCUUUGUGAAGUCUUAUGUAUAAGCCAGUUGGGGAGAUGGAAACUGGGGAGAUGGAAACUGUGGAGGACGUUGGAGUGGAGGCUGUCCCAUACUGCUGUUCUACCUGCGACGGUGGGGGUCCCAACCACAGUCUUGCCAUCCGUACCAGGAAGACCCGCAGUCUGAGCACCUCCGCAGCCACUAGCGCCUCAGAAUACAGACGAAAUCAGUCUCUCCAUGGACCAAGCCCGGUGACUACAUUUGGACCGAAAGCAUGUAUGUUACAGAAUCCACACGCAGUAAUGCACAUACAAGACCCAGCCAGUCAAAAACUGACGUGGAACAAGCCUCCCAAAAGUGUCCUUGUCAUCAAGAAGAUCCGUGAUGCCAGUCUGUUGCAGCCUUUCAAAGAGCUCUGUGUGUUUCUCACUGAGCUAAAAAGCAUGAUUGUUUACGUGGAGAGCAAAGUUCUGGAGGACCCCGCCAUCGCGGACGAUGAGAGCUUUGGGGCCAUUAUCAAGAAGUUCUGCACUUUUAGAGAAGAUCUCGAUGACAUCUCCAAUCGAGUGGACUUUAUCAUCUGUCUCGGUGGAGAUGGAACCUUACUUUAUGCAUCUUCUCUUUUUCAGGAGAGUGUUCCACCAGUUAUGGCCUUUCACCUGGGCUCUCUGGGCUUCCUCACGCCUUUCAACUUCGACACCUACCAGUCUCAGGUCACCCAAAUCAUCGAGGGUAACGCUGCCAUCAUCCUGCGCAGUCGUCUGAGAGUGAGGGUGACGAAGGAGAGCAGAGAGAAGAAGGCCAGGGAGGAGGAGAAGGGCCUCAUCAUGACCAACGGAGACAACGAAGGCAGCCGCAAAGCCAUGCAGUAUCAGGUUCUAAAUGAAGUGGUGGUGGACAGGGGACCAUCCUCCUACCUCUCCAACGUUGACCUUUUCCUGGACGGACACCUCAUCACCACAGUACAAGGAGAUGGUGUGAUAGUGUCCACUCCCACGGGUAGCACGGCGUAUGCUGUGGCGGCUGGAGCCUCCAUGAUCCAUCCAAACGUUCCUGCCAUCAUGAUCACGCCUAUCUGCCCUCACUCUCUCUCUUUCAGACCGAUAGUGGUACCAGCAGGAGUGGAGCUCAAGAUCAUGCUGUCCAGAGAUGCUAGAAACACAGCCUGGGUGUCCUUUGAUGGACGAAAAAGACAAGAGAUCUGCCAUGGAGACAGCAUUACCAUCACUACGUCCUGCUUCCCUGUUCCUUCCAUCUGUUUUCGGGACCCAGUAAAUGACUGGUUUGAGAGCCUGGCCCAAUGUCUACACUGGAACGUGAGGAAGAAGCAGAAUUACCUCAGCUCAGAAGAGGAUGAGUUCUGAGGCUGACUCGACUGAUGCAAUUUACAAACUAUAUUGCUAUAUUGACUUUAUCAGUCCAACAUCGUCACUCGAUCACUCUUAUUGAUCCACGAUCAGACAAAACUGUUAAGCAUUUUUUUGUCUUUAAUUAAUCAAGUCACGCUGUUUGAUUAUUGAGUAACUCCCAAACUCAAACUGCUUCUCAGAUGAGUCAAGGCACAAUAUUUGAUAAUACCCCAAAUAAUGAUAAAAAUAAGUAGUAUAUUAAUAGUUGAUGAUCUAAGGUGAAGACCAUGAGAUGAACUCUUGACAGAAAUGAUUACUGUUGAUCGUGGUCUAUAAAAACUUUGCAUCUAGUAUUUGGACCUCAAUGGUUAGUAGAUAAAAACCUCUGUUCCCCUUGAACUAUUAAAGCUGUGGGGGUUCCAAAACUUUGCUUAACAUGUUAUAUAUUUACAGCCGUGGCUUACCAUUGCUAUAAUCAUCGCCACGUUCAUGAAAACAAACAUUCUUAAAGGAGUUCAAUUCAUGUUUAUUUUAUUUUUUUGCAAUUUAUAUUUUUGUCCAUAAACUCUCAUAACAAUGUGAGGCAUGAGUACUUCAGGGAUAAUGGCAACAACUCAGCAAUAAGGAGCUAAGUGUAAAUAUUGUGCCUUAAACACCUAAUUAUUGUAUGGAAACCUAAUAUUUUAACCUUGACGUAUUUUCUUAAUCACAUCAAUGUCUUACUGCAGGUGUGUGAUGUCAGUAUCCUCAGUAAAACUCAUUGUAGUCUCUGCAGUGCUUGCAAGCCAAUUGAGAGGCUUGUGUUUUAACGUUGCAUCAGCAACCUGUCAAACCAGUAUGUGAUGUUAAAAACUGCAAGAAUGGAGAAUGUCAGACCUAUAACUUAUUCCAGGGUACAUGAUAUGUCUUCAUUGCCUAUCUUAUAAAGCCAUAGCUGAACGACAUCUUAGUUUCACAGUGCAUGAUGAGGGCAUAAUACAAGUCAGAUAAAUCCAGUGAAGACCUAACCAUUUCCAUUGUCAAGUUAAGGUGAAUGUACAUUUUCUCACACCUGUAGUUAGGUGUCAGAUUGGUAUUGGAGUAUGAGGAUAUGUAAUGUGGGGCUUUUGUUCAGUGCAUGCUGACAUCACCUCCCCAUCUGUUACUUUCUGACUGUGGUAGUAAGGUUUUCCCUCUUGGUUUUUCUUUGUCAAGGAAAAACAAAACUGUAAUUUGGUUACAAUAUAAAUCAGCAGGAAGUUUUUAAUAUUUUAAAAUUAGAUGAUCACCUAGACUUGGUUAACUAUGAAUUGUCAAAAAACAGGCAAGUGAUGUUUCUAAAACAACAUUUGUGAAUACUAGCAUACCGCACUCAUCAGAGGACCAGCUAAUUCACUUUUGAAAUCCUUCAUUCCGUUUUGAAAUCAUCCAUUCCAUUCAUUCAUUCUAAUACGUAUAGUGCUUAAUGAAAAUGUAUUAAUAUAUAGCCUAUAUGUUUAUUUACCAGUUUAUAAUAUCAUUGAUGAUAUAAAAGCCUAUUUGAUACUUAUUGUAUGAUAUGUAUAUUACGGUCUUCAAAAUGAGUUUUUACAAAGUUUUACAUUUUCUCAAGCUUGAAAAAGAAAUCCUCUUACAAUGGAAUUUAUUGCUGAAUCUUUCUGCUUGCUACUGUUAGCUAACAUUCUUUGUACUUAAGGCAUAGCUACCAUAAUUUGUCAUUUUAUGACUGUUUCAAAGCAUUUGUCUUUAUAUGUGAUAUACUUCCCUUCUCAAACAGGAAGUGUAUCUCACCCUGUCCUCCAGACUUGUAGCAGUCAUGGAGUUUGCCUUAUAAACCUGCCUAAAGAUAAAGGAGGAGUUUGUUGUGACACUGAAAUAACAGAUUGUAAAUUAACCCAGGGUGUGGUAGAUUUUCAUUUAAUAACUUUGUCAUUUCAGUUUUGAGGGCCUAUAAUUUUUAUGGUAAUAUUGUAAAUUGUUUCUGAAAUGAAUUCUGCUAUUUUUCCAGAGCACUUUAAUA